AUGUCAGAGCCUGUGCAAGCCACUAGUAUCCAGAAUGAUGAAGCAGAGCUGGCCAGGAUGGGCUACAAGCAGGAAUUAAAGAGGGACCUCGGUUUGUUACAGAAUUUCGGGGUUUCGUUUUCCAUUAUCUCUGUGAUAACUGGCAUUCCGUCCUUAUUUGCAACUGGUCUUAACACUGGAGGCCCCGCAGUAAUGGUCUGGGGAUGGGUUGUGGUCUCCACCUUUACGAUGCUCGUGGGGCUGGCUAUGGCAGAAAUAUGCAGUGCCCAUCCAACUUCGGGCGGACCAUACUUUUGGGCCGCUAUGUUGUCCGAUCCUGGAGGCGCGGCGCUCACAUCAUGGAUCACCGGAUGGUUCAAUCUACUUGGCCAAGUAGCUGUCACUACCGGUAUCAGUUUCGCAUGUGCUACCUUCCUAUCAACAGUUUGCACGUUCAAAACGGGCUUUGUGCCCAACGAAAAGACUCAGAUAGGUGUCUAUGCCGCCGUCCUCUUCACCCAAGGAAUGAUCAACACAUUCGGAGUCCGAAUCCUCCAUAUCCUAAACAACAUCUCCGUAUGGUGGCACGCUCUCGGGACUUUUUCCUUGGUCGUCGCGGUUCUAGCAAAAGCACCGACGCAUCAAUCUGGAGAUUUUGUGUUUCGAACGUUCAUUGAUGGGACUGGGGGGUGGGGUGAGAGGGCUAGUCCGGCUUAUGUUGCUGUUAUUGGGAUUCUCAUGGCGCAGUAUACGUUGACUGGAUUCGAUGCGAGUGCUCACAUGACAGAAGAAACGCGAAAUGCAGCCAUGUCCGGAAGCCUCGGUAUUAUCAUGGCUAUUGGCGUUUCCGCACUGCUCGGGUGGUACCUCCUCCUCGGUCUCUUAUUCUCCAUUCAAGAUCUAGACGCAACCCUCCAUUCUGCGACUGGUCAACCAGUCGCGCAGAUUUUCUUGGAUACGGUUGGGGAAGAUGGGGCGAUCGUGUUAAUGGUCAUUGUGAUUGGAGCGAUGUUCAUGUGCGGAACCUUUUCCAUAACCUCCAACUCUCGCAUGAUGUACGCUUUCGCUCGAGACGGCGGACUCCCCGGAUCCAAAUUCUUCGCUCACGUAGACGCACGAUGGAGAUCUCCCAUCCGAACCGUAUGGCUCGCAUGCACCCUAAGCUUCAUCCUCGGUCUUCCCAGUUUAGGCAGCCAAGUCGCUUUCUCAGCAGCCACCUCCAUUGCUACAAUUGGCCUGUACACCUCAUACGGGAUCCCCAUCGCCCUCCGAGUCAUCUACCAUAGGAAAUUCACCCGAGGACCGUUCCAUCUGGGGAGAUGGUCGUUCCCCGUUGCGGUUGCGGCUGUGGGAUGGAUUGUAUUUAUUACCAUUGUGUUUGUGUUGCCGCAGGUUAAUCCCGUGUCAAGUGAAACGCUCAACUACUCCAUCGUGGCUGUAGGCAUUGUGAUUGUGUAUUCGGUUGGGUUUUGGAUUGCGAGUGCGAGGAAGUGGUUUACGGGUCCUGUUAAGCAGAUUGCUGCGGAGGAAAAGGGCGUAGAUAUAUUGGACGUUGAGAAAGUUGCUUAA